AUACCCUUACACAAACAUUCUAGGAUGUCAGGAGUUGUUUAUGCAAGCAUUAGAUAACUGUUUGAACUUGAAGAAACCUUUGUUGUAACUUGUGAAAUUUGGCGAUAAAUAUAGUUAUUUGAUGUGAGCAAAUGUAUAAAACGGUACCUGUCGUGUUUAGAUAUGGAUAGCUCAUUGCUCAUAUCUGUCUCUCUUGAAUUCGUGCUUUUCAUUUAUGCAUCCUUGAAAUGAACUAUUAGCUUUCCUUUGACACAAUAUAAUUACCAAUAUUCGGGGAGUAACUUGUUAAAAUGAUUCUAGUAUGAUUAAAAUUAUCUACAGUUUCAUAAGAUGUCCUUCAUGGAUGAAAUGUCAAAUAUAUAGUGCAAACUGCAAAUAAAAGUAUGAGCCACAAAUUUGAUAGUGAAAAGGUGGGGGCGUACCUGCUUCAUUUUGCAUUCUGUGUCUAACUAUCAAUGUAUAUAUCUGUUACAUAUAUUGGACGAAUUGAUAUUGCACCAUUCAAAGUGUACUUUGAUUGUUUACUUGUGAAUUUGAUAACUGGUCAUGUCUGAUGCAUUGAAUGGAACUUAUCCUUCAUUUGUAAUUACUCUGCAAUUAAUAACCAAAUAUUAGUGUUGCAAACUGGCGGCUAUUACUUACCCUGUCCUUUGACAGUUAGGUCAAUGUUUACAUACUUACCCUUCCUAUUUACUGUGCUCCUAGUUUAAUUAGUUGUACUUGCCUUCAAUUAUGUGUUUAACCUUUUUUUUUGUCUGCAUUCUGCUGCAGAAAUAAGAGAUCAUUUACCUGAUGAUUGGCUAUCUGUUUCUCAGGGCACCCAAACUUCUUCUUGGGGCAAGACAGUACUCGACAGCUAUUGAUAUGUGGUCUCUUGGUUGUAUAAUGGCGGAACUAUUGUCCAAGGAACCACUGUUCAAUGAAAAAACGGAAUUUGAUCAACUUGACAAGAUUUUCAGGAUACUUGGCACUCCAAAUGAAACAAUUUGGCCAGGCUUCUCAAAAUUGCCCGGAGUGAAGGUCAAUUUUGUCAAGCACCAGUAUAAUCUUCUGCAUAAAAAGUUUCCUGCCACAUCAUUCACUGGAUCUCCAGUUCUUUCUGAUUCUGGAUUUGAUUUGUUGAACAAGCUUCUAACUUAUGACCCUGAAAAGAGGAUCACAGCUGAUGCCGCUCUCAAUCAUGAAUGGUUUUGUGAAGUUCCUCUUCCCAAGAGCAAAGAAUUCAUGCCUACAUUUCCCGCUCAACAUGCUCAGGACAGAGGUGGUUGGUGUGAAGUGCAAGAGGGCCUUCUAUGCAAUUCAUUGGAGAAAAUGACGGGGGAUUUAUUAUGCGUGAAAGUUAAAAGGAAGCAAAGAAGUUCUCGUAUAAUCAUGUGUAUUCGCUGUUUGAAGAUUGAAGUUUUGAGCAAGGAUAAGAAUUCUUUUAUGACAUUUGUCGGUAAAUAUCACUGCAGUAUUGAAGCAAGCAGGUUGAGGAGGAUAUCACAUAUCAGGAUAUCCUAAAGUAUAGGAGUUCAAUUAGUCCUUCAGGCUCUAUAGAGGUACAGUGCAAAACUUGGUUUGUAUUGUGUUUUGUACUACUUGAAUCUCCAUGGAUCAGAAUUACAUGCUGUAUUUCUAUUUUGUUAUACAUGCCGUAUUAACUCAUAGUAUAGACCUGCCCUUUUUUCUAGAAUGGGAUAUAUGAUGGGGUAUGACAUUUAUAGUAAUUAAUUAAAUCAACGUUGUCAAAUUCACUGUCUAACCUCAUCAAGCAUCUUCCAGAGCAAGGCCGUCAUGUUGUUGUUGGGAAACUCAUCUUCCCUAAGAGUCAGUAAUGAAGUUUCUCUUCAGCAAACUGACUUCAUAUUGACUAGGAUUUGUGUAUUGUAUGUUUCUGGUUCAGUAAUAUAUAGAUUUUCUUUGCAAAAUAAAAUCUAUGUUCACCCUGAACAAUUUCUAUCAUGCUUCAAAAAUGGCACAAGGUUUCAUGGCUUGUAUGCUUGCUACAAGACACCCAAAUCAGGUAAAAUUUACAAGUUAACUGUUCCGACUUUCUAUGUUAAACUAAGUGUCUCCAAUUGUCUAAUGCUUAACAUUAUGUAGAUUGUGUGGUCUGAUGCUAAAAUAUGCUGUGUCAUCCGGUCUUAUGAAAGUUGUGUGUUUUUGUAUGAUGAAAACUUACUCUUAUGAAUAUUUUUUAUUUAUCUCCUAUGAUUUUUUUUCUUGAUGCUUUAGUUAUCUGUUAUUCCCAUUAAAGGAAUCUAAUGUUCAACAACUACAACAUCUUUAGACAUACCCAAAAGUAAAUUUUUCGGUGUUUUCAGCUGUAGAAUUUUUGCCCAACCUUGUUGUCGUGGUUGGGGACUGUUAUUCAAUCUAUAAGUUGGAUCCAAUUCCUCCGCUUGCAUGCUUGUGCCAAUUUUGGGUGCUUUAUUGUUCACAUGAUCACUAUCAAAUCACUCAGCUGUAAGAUGGGGUUGCUAAGAGGACAUGGAUUUUAACAGUGCGAGUUGACGUGUUCCCAUUAUGCUCAACUAGUGAAUAUGCAAUCAAAUUUUACUUGCUACAAGGUUUGUGGCAAUGUGUUGCAGGGGAUCACUUCAAUUUUGAAGGCUUAUUGGAAACGACUAAAAUGAGAUUUAGCUAUUAUCUAGUCUAUAGGACUUGAAUAGUUGUGAUAUGGAGAAAAAAAAAGAUGUUUUAAGUUUUGCUUGAUCUUGCUUUAUGGUGCUUCUCACGACCGAUUUUAAGCAUUAGGGGGGGAUGCACCUAUAGAGUUGUAUGAUACUACUUAACCAUAAAUGUUAGUUCUCGAUUUCUCUGUUUGCCUAUUAUGAGUGGUAGCGUGAGCAUGGUCAAACCUUAUAUAGGUGUAUUUUUUUGAAGCAAAAAAAUCCGAGAGUUAAAGGAACAUGUUAAAAUUGAUCCUUUGCUGCAAUAUCAAAUGUUAUUAGAUAUUUAAGCUUAUGGGAGCCUGAUAGAAAGGGGUUUAGCAAUUGUUACCAACUCUAAGAAUUAGCCGUUGAACAACACAAAAAUGCGAUAACUAAAAUAAAUUUUGAAUUCUUUCUUGCCUCCCAUAAAGUUAUGGAGGCUAUAAAUACUAGUACAAUUCAGCUGUUGACAUAAUAAACCCUAAUGGGCCUGGCCCUAAUUUGAAAUACAUAUUAAGGAAAUAUAAUAUCUAUUAACACCCCCUUCAAUAAGUAAUGUAAUCCUGCAAUUUCUUGGGCUGGAACGAAUGGGCCUUCUAUCAGUACUAUCUGGCCCAAUGACAACCUUGUCCUCAAGGUUGGGCUUAAUCGUAAUAUUUGACGGAUCAAUUAAAGGAGCCUAAGGGAAAACAUCUGUUGCUGAAGUUGGAAACCGUGCAAUGUUGGGAUAGUUGGCUGUUGAAAGGAAGUGUUGGGAGAAAACUCAUUACUGAGCGUGGGAAGUAAAGGCACGCGUGACAAGAGGGAUUCACUGGAUUUCGAGGAGACAACAGAUAGAUCUGGAGUGGUUUGUAAGGAAUAUGAAAAAUCGAAUGGGUGAGGAGGGGAGAGAGAAGAUUUCUUGGAACUCACAAGUCUUGUACUUUGAAUAUCUGCAGAGAUAUUUGAAGAUCUAGAGGCUUCACUUCCCAUUACUUGUUUAUUAACGUCUUUGAGUUCCCUUUCUCUGUCUUUACUCACAACUCUUUCUCCGAUACCAAACUCUUCUUCUUCAAAGGCCGCAGUUGAACUCAUAUCGUUGGAUCCAUCUACUCACCGACUUCUCUUUGCUUCUUCAGAUUUUGUAACGGAUGGUGAGUCUGUUGUAAGUUGUAUGUUGUUUGUAUCGGUAUUCUGUUGUUCGAGAUGUUGCAUGUUGGUAAUUUGUUCCUCCACUGCAGGUAAAGCUUCAAGAUUUGGUGGAAGGGAGCGGAAAUCCGACGGUGGAUUAUCUCCAUGGUAGGCGCGAAGCUGUGAAACAUGGAGGACAUCGUGGAUCCGUGAAGAUGGUGGUAUAUCCAAGUCAUAAGCCACAGGUCCGAUACGACGACGCACAUCAAAAGGACGAAAAUAGCGUGACAAAAGCUUCUGUGAGUGGCGAUGGUGGACGUAGGUCUAUCGAUACGGCUGAAGACUAAUCAAGACCAGAUCUCCGACUUGAAAGGUAGUAUCACUUCGUUUCUUAUUGUGUUGAGAUGCCAUCCGUUGUCUUGUUCUUUCUAAGUUCAGUUUUAAUGUUGUAAGAAUUUCUUGUCUCUGUUGUAAUGUAGCCGCUAGAUUCAGAACAGUGGUUAGCCCAUUUUGGUACUGAGGAAAAGAUGGGGGUGGCGGCCGUAAAAGGGGUCAUUUUUAUGGAGGAGUGAUACGCUGUGUUGUGCCAAUACUCAGCAAGGUGUAAGUAGUUGUACCAUUUUUUUGGGUUUUCCCCUGUAAAACAUCGUAGGUAUACUUCCAUACAUUUGUUUGUAACCUCUGUUUGUCCAUCCGUUUCAGGAUGGUAGGAUGAACUGAACUUCAACGUUGUGCCUUGAACGCAGAAAAUCUCUUUCCAGAAGGUGCUCACAAAGAUAGGAUCUCUGUCAGAGACGAUUGAUGAAGGUAUACCGUGUAAACGAAAAAUCUCAGAAGAAAAACGUUUAGCUAGGUCCUUUGCUGUAAAAUGAGAUGGCAAAGCUAGAAGAUGCACAAAUUUUGUCAACCUGUCGCAAAUGACCCAGAUUGUUGUAUGGCCGUAAGAUGAAGGUAAGUGAGUAACAAAGUCCAUUGAUUAUUCAUCCCACACCAGAGUAGGAACUGCCAAAGGUUGUAAUAACCCCUGUUUUUGUUUUGGCUGAUAUUUGUUGUGUUGACAGGUACGGCAGGUUUUAACAAAGUGCUCCACAUCUCUGUACAUGACAGGCCACAUGAAGGAAGCAAAUAGGCGUGCCAAGGUUGGUUGAAGGCCAGAGUGUCCUGCAGUUGGAGUUGAAUGGUACUCAUAGAGGAUAGCUUGUUGAAGACCAUUGGCUGCAGGUAUGCAAAUCUUUUCCUUGUAGUACACAAGAUUAUCUUUAUAUUCAUAGAGUUACUGUGAGGUUGAAUCUGACCUGACCUUGGCCACGGGGUCUUGUCCCUCACUGUCUGUUUGGUAAUAGGUCUUCAGCUGGUUGAACAACAAUGGUAUAGGGGAUGAAAUGGAUAGCAAUACUGCGGCAUCUUCAUGUUGAAUCCUGCUUAAAGCAUCAGCGACUUGGUUCACCUUGCCAAGUUUGUAAAGUAUUUCAAAAUCAAAACCCUGUAGCUUUGCCACCCACUUUUGUUGUUCAGGAGUUUGUAUAGUUUGAAUCAAAAGAUUUUUGAGACUUUUUUGGUCUGUAUAUAUGUGGAAGUGCCUACCAAUCAAAUAGUGACGUCAUUUUUUGACAGCCUUAGUUAUGGCAUACAUUUCCCUGACGUACACGGAGGAGGCUUGAAGUCUGGUGCAGAGCUUCUUGCUGAAAAAAGCCAAAGGAUGACCUUGUUGGGAAAGAACUGCACCUACAGCGACGACGGAGGCAUCAGUAUCCAGAACAAAGACCUUGGAGAAAUCUGGAAGGCCUAGUAUAGGAGUUUCUGCCAUUUUCUGUUUUAACAAUGUAAAAGCUGCUGCGGCAGAUGUACUCCAUGAAAAUUUAGUGGAACGAAGUAAAUCGGUUAGGGGAGCGGCGAGAGAGGCGUAGUGAUGUACAAAACGUCUAUAAAAGCCGGUGAGGCCUAAAAAACCCCGGAGUGUCGUGAGUGAACAUGGCGUCAGCCAUUCUGUAAUUGCUUGAAUUUUUGCAGGGUCAGGGGUAACUCCUUCACUAGAAAUGAUGUGACCUAAAUAAUCAACUUUAGGGACAGCAAAAACACACUUAGAAAGCUUGGCAUAAAACUUGUUAGAUAGUAAUAAUUCUAAAAUUAACUGUAAAUGGCGACCAUGGUCAGGCAUAGAACGACUAUAAAUUAAAAUGUCAUCAAAGAAAACCAAAACAAACCGUCGUAAGUAAGGGCGUAAUAGAUCAUUCAUUGCAGAUUGAAAAGAGCUAGGAGCGUUAGUUAGGCCGAAUGGCAUAACCAAAAACUCGUAGUGUCCAUCAAAAUUCCUAAACGCAAUUUUGUGUGUGUCCUCUGGUGUAACUCUUAUCUGGUGAUAUCCAGAUCGAAGAUCGAUCUUAGAAAAAACAGUUGUUGAACCCAAUUCAUCAAAUAGCUUGUCAAUAGUGGGGAUGGGAAAACGGUCUCAUAUAGUGACAACAUUUAGGGCGCGAUAGUCGACACAAAAUCUCCAAGUGCCAUCUUUUUUCGCACCAAUAAGAUCGAGGAAGAGUAUGGGUUGUUGCUAGGUUUAAUUAUACCUUCCUGAAGCAUAUCCGAAAUUAUGGAGGUCAUUGCUUCUUUUUUAGAGUGGGGGUAUCUAUAAGGUUUAACAUUAAUGGGGGCAGAGUUAGGAAGUAUAGGGAUAUGAUGGUCGUGAGAGCGAGGUGGGGGAAUACCUUGUGGUGGUUGGAAAAUUGAGGCAAAGGAAUGUAGGAUUUAAGAAAUGGUUUUUGGUAGUUGGGUUGGGAAGUUUAAGGGUGCAUUAGUAUGUGUGGAUAAAGAACAUGGGUCGGGUUCUGGAGAGGGUUGGAAAAGGAGAAGAUGGAUGGAUGCGAUAGAAUAAGUGUGUAAAAGGUGGCAGAAAUUGUUGUAUGAAGAAUGUGCUGGGACAGAUUUGGGAUCACCCGUGAUAGUAAUGUCGUUACUGUUGUAGGUAAAGUAUAUUUUUAGGAUUGAGAAAUCAGCCAUGAGAGGACCAAGCGUACGCAACCAUUCCAUCCCUAAAACAACAUCAGCUCCCUCAAUCGGUAGUAGGUGGAAAGGAAUCAUAAACAAAUUGUUUUGUAGGGUGAUUGGAACAUGUGGACAUAGGCCAGAACAUAGCAUUUUAGAGCUGUUACCCACCAUGACAGAAAAGUUAGGAAUGGGUGUAGUGGGGAGUUUAAGGUGAUGGGCAAUACGGGGUUGAAGUAUAUUGUGGGUACUACCCGUGUCAAUGAGGACUGUAACUGCCAGGCCGUUAAUAAGUCUAGAAAAUUUAAGCGUUUUGGCAAAAAAUUGACCCAUGGCAGCUUGAGGAGAAAGCUGAAAAUAAGUUUCCUCGGUUAUAGUUGUGGAUAACAACUCAUCGGAGGUUGUCAAAGACUCUUGGGCGGAAGAAUCGUCCUCAUCAACCAUCAAUAAUAGGAAUUUUCCUGUGGAACACUUAUGGCCAGGUAUAAACUUUUCAUCACAAUUAAAAUACAAUCCUUGUGCCCGCUUGAGAAUUGGAUAAU